GAGACACCGAGGCGCUCCAAGACGGCCCAGAUGGCCCCAACGUGGCCCAAGAUGGGCCCAACACGGCCCGUAGCCAUUUUGGCUCAAGAGGAGUGGUUGGCUCAAGCGAGCACGUCAUGGCAUUUUUGGAUUGUGUUCGUGGCUCGGAUGUUUGCACAUACCGUACUACCAAGGCCGUUGUCUUCCGUGAUGUACGGCUUUGUUUGUUAAGUAUUGUGAUGCAAAUAGGUUUUGCGAUCUACAUUGCGAUGGAGUUGCUUUUGGGCACAGCUCCACGAAGGCAUGUUAAUAGUGCUGAUUUCGUCCAACCGCACUUGGCAUUGCCAGUAUUCAAGACGCAAUCGCACUCGGGAAAAGCGAAAGCGAAUGACUUGCGUUGCACGCCUAAACUGACUCGCAUUGUUAACAUAACAGUUGAGGAGUUUACCUCUUGUGUAGACUGGUUUUCAACCGUGGGCGAGUAGUGGAACAUCGCCCUUUUGUCGAAGGCCAGUUGCAGGGGCGGUGCAUAUGGCUCCAUGUUCACGAUCGAUUGAAUGGUUUUCGAUUGAGAGAUGAUGUUUUGUAUUCGAACCGUGUAAUGUGUUCGCAGUCCAAUGACACGCUGAUUUGGCUGGAAGGGGAACAAUCUCGUGAGCCCCAUCUCGUUGGCGAUUAUUAUGGUGACGAUGCUUGGGAAGAGUGGGGCUUCCGUCUCCAAGAAACACGCACGGGUGGUGGGCUAGAGAUGGUAUCGUCUAAUCGAGGCUGGCCUUAUCGAACGCGUCAGCUGAGCAACGCCACGCUCGAAGUUGAGUGGUGGGCUGGCGGGGACGCCCAGUGGAAUAUUACUGGCACGUUGCAGGGAUCAGUGCUGCACUGGAGUAGGAAUUUGGAGUAUAACAGCGGGGACAAGUACACGCGCCUGCCGAAUUACACGUCUCAGCCAUUACAUCUGACAGCGCUGGAUGAGAAUCCGAACAUCACAAUCGUGGCCGUUCAGUGCUCCGAACUCGGAAGGGACCAACUUCAAGAUCUGAUACAGCACAUGGUCCAAUAUGAAAUAAAGCAUGUACAGCUUCUGAUGCAAUCGAUUGGAGGCACAGCUUGCUUCGAUGCCCCCUCCAUGUCCACUGUAGUGCAGUUGAACACCGACAAGGUUCUUUUCAAAACUUCGUCAAUCAGCGUGGUUCGAGAUCCCAGCAACGACCCAUCAGAAGCCGUCUCGGGCAGCGACAGUCUGCAGUUCAGCAGCAGUGGCCGGGGCAGGCUCGACAUCGAAGAAGGGUGGAAGAACUGGUGCUGGAGGUCGCCGUGCGAUGAGGAUUGGAUGGCACCUGCUCCUUGGCAUCUGAUUGGUAGGACAGUAUACGUAAGGCCAGAUCGCGCCAUUCUCAAGGCUACGUUUCGCAUGAGUGGCGCUACUGCGCGCGGGUUUGACGCGCAGCUCGUAACUUACGACCUUGGGACAAAUACAGAAAGCGAUUUCGCAUCUGUUGCCGUACACAAUUUCACCCAGUUGACAGGGGAUAUGAAUUAUCAUAUUGAUUUGAAUGUCUCUGAUCUUUUGGAUCGGACCCUCCUGCCUCCCAAUCAACUGCUGAAUUUGCAGAGCCAUGGAAUCCGCAUCGACUUUCACAUCACAAAUCCAGGGUCCACCCUCGCGACGUGGUUGCGGGAUUUAGCAUUUGGCAAGCCGGUAUCUCAAAUUCGUCGUGAUCCAGGCCGCGUUCGUUUAUCCGUACGCGUGUUUCCCGAGUACACGGAUAAGUGUGUAUUUUUCAGUGAUUUGUCUCUUCCAUGGGAAUCAACAAAGCAACACCGAAUUAUUGACAUGGGUAUCUCGGUGAGGAUUACAGUGACCGGAGAACUUGGAUACCCCAGUUUGCAGAAACUCUUGCAGUACAUAGAAGCUGCUGUCGGGAUCUUCGCUUUAGGCGAUCUCGUCGUAAACCAGAUUGCAAAAUCUGGCAUGUUUUUUCCGAAGCAGUAAGCUCUACAAGGCAUAUUUAGAGGAACAGUCCGUAAACGUCCCAGAGGUGGAGGCAGGUACUUAUGACGUCUCGUCCGACGAGCUGGCAGGGCUGCGACGCCGACAGGCCUUGCGGAACCUGAAGCCGAACGGAGAGGAAAUUAUUUGUCGCGGCGAUGGUUCCAGCGACGGGUCAUCGCAUUCAGAUGAGUUUUGAAUUCGGGGAAUUCCGCUUCUAGGAAUUGCGCUUGCACUGUUCCAGUCUGCUCUGUGUUUGCGGAAUCCUGGAUUGAUCACGCUUCAGCACCGAGACGGUUCGUGCUGUGAAAA